AUGACUCAACAAAUUCAGCAACAUUUGGGGCCCUUCCAAUUGAUGCGACAGUUCCUAGAACAACCUAAACGACUGAUAGGUGUAGAUGGACCACAUCCCCCUCCCAGUCCGGCUCCGGCUUCCGUCUCGGAUCCAUGUGCCUCGUCUCGGCUCCAGCCUCCUCCGCCCGAGUUUAAGAAACCUCCGCAGCAAAGCAAUCAUCAUCCGAGCGCGACGCGGGGAGGAUUCAUAAAGCCGCAGGAUGGAAAACCUCCCUACGGCGGCCGCGGCGGUUAUCCGGGACAAUCCCUCAAACACGGGGGACAAAACGAUCAAAGAUCGAAUCCAGUCAUACAAGCCAAAGGGCCGCCGAAUCGAACAAGUUCCCACUAUUCGGAGAGUUCGGAGUCCGUUCGUGGUGGUAGUAGUAAUAAUAAUAAUAACAGAGUCUCCCAACCGACGGCUCGAAAUUUGCCCCGCUACGAUGCUUUGGACUGUCCCGUUGACAUACAAGAACCGGCAACUCCGGCACCCCACGAAGUCGAAAGCAUUUUGAAGGAAAUGACGGAAGAAAUUGUACCCAUCGCGGCUCCGAUAGCGGCUACACCUAGAAAAGAAACUGAUAUAAGAUUCAAUUUCAGUUCGGAUUUGACAAAGCUUGUACCGGCUUUAUCACCGCCUCCACCAACUCCCAGAAGACCCGGCUCAAAAAUUAGAGAAGCUGGAGAAUUAAAAGUUUCGUGGGGGUGGGGGGCGAGUGGGCGGACGGAGGGAUUUUCUGCGUUUAGUGCGCGUGCGUGA